UAAAAAAAAAAAUGUGAUAAUUCUUAUUUUUUUUGUUACUACAGCCAAAAAUGGUAAAUUGAUUUUUUUACGUGUUUUUGCAAAGUCUGAAGCAGGCUACAUUUAUCACUCUCAUUUACACAAACAUUUAUGCACAGAUGGCAGCAGAGUUCUGUGCUAUGGGUCAAACCAGGAGACCCAGAGCAUUGUAGGUUUCAGUUGCUUGCCUAAAUAACAAAAAAUCUGGGUUCCGAAAGAAAGAAAUUGCAAACAAACCACUAAACCAACUAAACCAAGAGUCAAAAUUUAGACCGUAAACGUGUAGCAAUAACAUUAAUAUCAGUUUUAAGAUUUCUUUCUCACUCCUAACAUACAAAAAGGACAAGCGACAACAAGGAAGUCAAAGCUUUUAAUCUUCUUUUGUGUAGUUUCUAAUUAGAGGGGAAAUCAUUCACGUACUAACAUAUUCUUUUAGAUUUCUGUGUCACUGUUAUUGUUUUACAGAAUUAGACUUACUGAUCUCAACAAUUUGUUUUUUCCACAUUUCAACUUAUCACCAAUGUUGUGUUAGAAUUAGUUGCUUUGUUUUUUUGUUGUUGUUGCAUGGUGUUCCACCCAGCUCACUCCAGCAGUGAUGAAUUCUCGACAUGCAAGUAUUAAGCAAGAAAAGUAAGAGUCACAACCAUAAGGCCAGUUACUCAUGUAAAAAAUAUUGCCACACAUAAAAAAAAAAAAAUGUCAUGCAAUUGUUUUUCUUUUAAAAUUAAACUUCCAUUGUGGCGUCAGAGUAAAACUAGAAAAACCUGAGAAAUGAGAGGGUUAUUGUAAGCUUCUCUUUUAUGGAAACCACCAUCACUCCACCCCUUUCCUGAGUUUAAUGUCAUCCUAUGUUUGUCUGUAAAUAUAAAAGGUUGCUGUUAACCAAAAGCAUCACUAAUUCACACAGCAACCAGAUCGCUCUUCAAGCAAAGACGUUUUCUAGACACAAGAAAAGACACAUCAUCACCAUGAUUGCAAACGUUUGCCUCAUUGUUCUUUUUGUUGCUUCUUCAUAUGGACAAAUGACCAACACAACGACAGCUGGAUCAAUGACCAAUGUGACCAACGCACCAACAGCUGAACCAAUGACCAAUGUGACCAACGCACCGACAGCUGGAUCAAUGACCAAUGUGACCAACGCACCGACAGCUGGAUCAAUGACCAAUGUGACCAACGCACCAACUGCUGGAUCAAUGACCAAUGUGACCAACGCACCGACAGCUGGAUCAAUGACCAAUGUGACCAACGCACCGACAGCUGUACCGACCACUAAUGCACCAACAGCUAAACCGACCACUAAUCCACUGACAGCUGGACCAAUCACCAAUCCACCGACAGCUGGACCAAUCACCAAUGCACCACUCACCACUCCCACAACAAAACCAACCAUCUCCACCACCAUCACCCCCACAACUCCAACGUCUUCUGCCUUUCCUCACAAAAUUAGCCUCUUCUUGGCCUUUGCAGCAACUUUGACACAUUUUUUUCUGCACCCUUUUGAUCAAACGUUACAGAUUUAAAGACAAGAAAGAGAGGCCACCUUGGCUCUUAAGUUGUGGUUUCAUUCUGUGUAAUUAAGCUUGUAAAUGUUUUGUUAUUUAUGUAAACAAGGUUUAAGUUUUAUCCUAUCUGAAUCUUUGACUUCUAUUGAUCCUGGAAAUAAAGAGCUCCUCGUGUUCAUCUGUUAUUAGUAUAACUAUGACCCCUGAUGUAAUCUUGUUUCUAUUUAUUACCAUUUAUAUGAAUGAGUCUAUCUCAAAUACUCCAAAACAAUAAGAAAUAAUAAAUGCAGCUUCGUAAUGAAUUCAAGUGUAAAAUAUUCUGUCAAACUUUUCAAUUAAAAGUGAAAUGUAAAAAUCUUAUUUGUGUCCUCUUUCAGUUGUAUUUUAAAUUGUUUUUUCAAUUCUUUUGAGCAAGAAAAGAAAGUUGUGACUUUUAACAACUAUUCUCAUGCUGCUUUUUCCAUUCUUUUUUUUAAUUGCAGAAAAACCUUUACAUUUUAGUCUUGUCUGCAUUAAGGAAGAGGGGAUUUUCUAAUUUUUCUAAUUUGAUCUCUUCCAUUGUUUUCCUUCUUCUGCGGGUAAAAUAAAAAUCACAUGAAGUUGUAUUCUGAGUGUCUGCAAUUUGAUUGCAAUGCAGUGGAAUUUCCUUAAAGCCUCACUCCAUUCAUCUUUUGAUCUACUGUAAAAAUCAUUCACAGUGGUCUUUUAAUUAUGGUUAAAUAAAAAAACUGUGUUGUUUUCUCAUGCCUUGUUUCCAAACUCUUGGCAGAUAAGCCUGUCCUCAUUUCCCAUCAUCCCUUUGUUGGACUCUCUCCCGCUAGCUUACAGCCCCUCAAAACCCCAAUUUAAUACCAAGUACAAAAAAAGGGAAAAGCGUUUCAGAGCUUUCCAGUUUGGAGGCAGAUGCCAGCUCAGAUGAGAAAAAUUAAAACUUACACAGAUUUAUUUAACUACAAGUGGAUGGAUUGGAAUGGAGCUUGUAGCCUGUCUGCUCCUGAUUCAAAACGAUUAGAAUAAAGAAAUAUUUCCACCCACAAUUUUAAGCUCUUUUAUCUUCAUUUAUAUUCUCCACCAUGAGAAAAAUGCCAUAAGAACAUUUUAAAAACACAGUUUUCAUUGGAGUGGAUCUUUGAGCUUCAGGUGACUUAAAUAUCCAUGAUUGUUGCUU